AUGGCUUCUUUCAGGGGGAAGACGACAGUGGAGCGUUUGUCAUUUCAGCCACACGGUCAUCUGCUGCCGGGCGGAUACCCUGCAGUGUUCAAGGAAGAUGAAGCACCCUACACUAACCAGAAUGCUGUAGCGCUUGUCAGCUUAUUGAGUGAGGACCCGGAGAUUAUUUACUGCGGCACUCCAACCGGCUGUGAGCCGGGAAGCCUUGUAUGCUAUAUCAAGCCCGCUGGCAUAACUCAAGGGACGCAUCCUGUGACUCUCCAGAUGUGGCACAAGCUUGAGGCAAGCGUAGGUGUGAAGCCCAAGCUGGAGGCUCACGGUGAUGGCCAAAAAGAGUACUUGGAUGCCGUCAAUGCUGUGCGUACUGCCGAGGGGCUCGGCCUUACCGAAUUCACUGCUCCAGUGGACACGGAGACCAGGAAAAGGAGAAAUGCGCUUAGCAGUGCCAAAGCUUAUGAGCAGGCGUUGUAUAACCUGAAAUGCGAAGAUAUAGAGGAUUCAACAAUCCAUCCAAAUGUUGCUAAGGGAUACACUCUCAUCUACGCCAUUAAAGCAGGGGAAGUCCCCCCAACAGCGAAAGAAGCAGUCGAAUUCUGGGAGAGCGGAUUCACUAAGCUUGGCACCGAGGUCCCGCCGGCUUUUACUAUAAAACAGCCCAAGCGCACUGACGAAAUUGACGGCACAAUUUACUACGACAAUGCAGUGGCGGGUUUCGCUUCUAUGAUGGUUGAUGGCACCCGCGAGAUGAGGUGCUAUAACGCUACGGGCUGUGACAAUGCAGCUGUUAUCUGCUUCCUUUCAGAGGAAACCUUAGUGGAAAAUGACCAACCCAUCAGCGCAGAUACAUGGAAUAAGAUUUUGGCUCUCAAGAACGGAGAAGGUGACGAGAGUGAUGACAAGGAGGCUGAACUUACAAAACGCGGUAUGGGACUGCCACACGUCCACAGCAGCGUAAAAUUUCUGAGACGAUGGCAGGUGCUGCCUGGCUGUUGA